AUGGAGGAGGCAAAGGCGGAAGGAAGGGAUCGGGAUCGGAGGAGUGCACCAACGGUUAGAACGCCGUUCCUCUGUCUCGCGAGCAUCGUGCUCGUCUCGGCGGUCGCUCUUCUCUUUGUCCGUGAACACGCCUUUUUCGGGCUCCCGCGCAACUCGAACAAAGUUGCGAACCCCCCGGCAGGAAACUUGUCUCCACGUGACGCUGCAUCCGCGCGGACGACGCUUACGUCUCUUUCGUCCAGGAGCCCGUCUCUCAGCGGGGCUUCCCGCCUGUCUGUUGGGCCGAAAUUCCGCCCCAGACGACUCGCCUCUGGACUCGCGACGAGUGGCACGCUCUGCGACGGCGGCAAAUACUGGGACAAUCGGCAAGCAGCGUGCGCCGACUGUCCUGCUGGGACGUUCUCCUUCUACGGCUCUGUGGGGAUCCAAAGAUGCAUGGCCUGUCCAUUCGGCUUCUACAGUUCCGCCGGUGCCGCGGUCUGCGACGCUUGCGAUGCGAACAUGAGCUUCAAGCCUGCUCUCAAUGCAGCGGGAGGCGUGUCCUGCGAGGCCUGCGAACCGCUCUUCGAGUACUGUUACCGAACGUCUCCGACAGAUGAUUCGGACUGGUGGUCCUGGAGCAUGGUGUGUUCGUCGGGGGCAAAAGGCACGGAGCAAGCGAAUGGCGUGCGCGGCAUGCAGGUGAACGAGGCAGGAGACGCGGCACUGGGCUCUGAAAGUUUUGGAAGCCUGUCGGCGGCCGCCGCUCCCCUGGUCGCGCGUCCAUCUGCCCAAGUCGCCCGCCCCGAAGGGAGUGAGAAGGGUGCCUCUCCCACGAUGUUUCGCGGAUCUGCGCGGCUCUUUCGGAGUUUCACGAAGCAGGCGCGGCAAGGCGACCAAGGCAGCGUCGAGCACCCCUUCUGCGAAACGCUCCGAAACGCCAACCCCGCGGGACUGAACUUCCGACUCAAGUGCCGAAAGCGGGGUGUCUGCACAGGCGUCGUCGCUUCGCCGUGCACUGAGGGCAACACUGGCGUCCUCUGCGACCGCUGCGACAACGGCUACACGCUGCCGCUCCUGGAGCCCACCGCGUCGAGCUGUACAAAGUGCAGCGGAGGUUUGAUGGCUUUUCUCGGCUUCAUGCUGCUCUGUUUGUGCUUCGUCGCGGGGCUCGUUGUCUGGUUGGCGCGCGGCAACGACGCGACCAGCUUCAACCGGAACAUUGUCAUCAUUCGGAUCUUCGUCGUUCACAUGCAGCUUCUCAACCUCUUACGAUUUAGAGCCUCAGCGGAAAUGGACUCUGUCGCAAAACUCUGGAACGUCCUCGUGCUGACUAUCCCCAUCGAAUCGCUGGUCGAGUGCCUUGACACGUUUACCGAGUGGUCGGGCACGACGUUCACCUUUGUUAUUGUUGGCCUUUUCUUCCCGAUCUUCAACCUCAUCUGCUCUCUCGCCGUUGGCGGCGUGCUGAGGAAGCUGCACGUCCGAAAGUUGAAGCAGGAAAUGACGCAAAGUGUCACGGAGGACGUCUACCUCAACCCCGCUCUCCAUGCAGGGACUGAGCUGACCGCCCUGGCGCGAGAGGCUGAGGAGCGCCGAGAGCAGAUCAAGGCGCGGGUGGCGAAGCGAGCGGAAGACGCUGCGCAGCGUAGGAAGGCGGCUGAGGGCGGCCCCGUCCGGCCGGGGGCGUUUGUGAAAAAGGGGAAAGGAAAGAAGGUGGAGAACGCAGAAGGCUUGCCGCGCGCUGCGAUGGCUGCGAAGGACGUGCAGGAGCGGCGGGCGAAGCAACUCGAGGCGAAGCGCCGGAAGGCGGAGAAGAAGAAGAAGCCGAAGAGAGAGCGAGGCUUGGAGCGGCGGAUCGGCGUGCAGGAAGACCAGGAGAGAGAGGCGAAAGAAGGCGAGGGCGACACUGCGUGGAAGGCGCAGGGUUUGCGACAACCCCUGCAGGCGCCCGAUCUCUCCGACUCGUACUACUCGAGCUCCUUCCAGUCAUCCGAGCAGGUCGAGAGCGGCGUGGACAAAAAGGAGUUCCAGCCGGCGGCCGCGCAUGCAUCCGCACCCGUUGACGGCGCCGCAGUGGCUCGGGCCAGAGGCGAUCCGAACACGAAAGAAAGGGACCAGAACGAGGAACCCGAUGACCCCGCGGAAGGGGGCGGCGGGGCAGUGCCCGCCGCGUGGCUGGCCGCGGGUCCGGGGAAGAUGCAAGCGCCGGACGCGCCCGAGGCGGAAGUGUCCGAGGAUGAAGAGGCGGAGCUCGACGCCAAGAAGCCGAAGAAACCCCAGCCAGUGCCUGCCAUGCCGACCAUGCACACGGCAGACUUGUACGGCUACUGGAAAUGGGUCUUCGCCGUCUUCUUCGUUCUCCACUACAGCUGCCUCGUGACGAUUGGAACCCUGCUGUUCAAGGGCAUCUUCUGCGUCACGGACGACGUGAUCCCUGGCGUCUCGUACGAGUUCCUCGCCGCCGACUUCAGCCUCCAGUGCUCUUCGGCCUCGACAUUCACCAUCUCGGCAACCGCCGGAAUCGUCUUGUGGCUGGUGCUUCUGCCUGCGGGGCACUUCUACUUCAUGUCCAGAAGGCUCGGCGAUGACAUCUGGCUCACCGACCAGUAUUCUCUCUUUUGCUCGUGGCCAGUGUACGGCUUCCGCUCAGGGUACCGCAUCACGUACGGUCUCCAGGUGGUGGCCGUCAUACUCGUGUUGGUGGUGACAUCAACACCGAUAAGCCACGGGAGGCUGGAGCGGUCCCUCGAGGCCCCGGGGGGCAUUGUCUUCUCUUUCUCCUUCUUGAAGAUCAUCACCUCGACGCAAAUCAUCAUCUGCAUCAACAUCAUCGGCCUCUACCUCAUAUUCCUGUUCAUAGCACACCCGUACGAGCCGGCGAAAUUCGUCCUCAGUUCGCACCUCGCGGUGCUUUCGUGCGCGGCGGCGAUUGCCCUGUACAUUUACACGUAUUACCAGAACAUCGCUCCGGGCACCAGCGUCGCUUCCGGCAUUGGAAUCGUCGCGUUUCUCCUCCAAAUCAUUUUCUUCCUCUGCGCCGGCGUUUGCGCGCUGGUCGAAAGCGGAUUCGUCAAGCAAACAAGAAACAGGUUCGCGUUUGUCGACGAAGUUCUCGCGGCGGCAUCAAACACCAUCAAACACACGGGGACGUAUCGCGCCCUGCAAGGCGACGGCGAAGAGCAAGACGUGCAGGAACGCUGGGAGGCUCUGCGGAUGGACCGUGCGUCCAAGGAAGCUCAGCGCAACCAGCAGGCGCGGCACGCCCGCCUCGGCGUGGGCGACGCUGCGCCGGGGGCUGAGGAAAUCGUCGUCGAGCGAGCGGCGAUUCUCCGCCUCACCUCCAAGAAGGACCACGUCGCGCUCUUGGAUGCCGUGACUGCGUGCAACAGCGUCCCGCGCGCUCUGGCUGCCUUCGAGCGGCUGACGUUCCUCGACACGUUCCCGACGAUGGAGAAACCCGAAGCGCGGGCGGCGCUCGAGAAGCUCGGGUUCGACGUCGAGGAGCUGGAUGGCGGGUUGAAGCUUUUUCUGAAGCAUCGAAACGCGAUGAUGCGCGUCUUUUCGCGCUUCUCGGUCUCCAGUCUGAGUGAGGCGUUUGCUUGCGGGUGGGAACUCGGCCUUCUCCGCUACAGCGAGUUGGACGACGUGACGCUGGAGUUGGCCAGCACCAAGCAGAAAGCCGACAGACUCUUGCAGCAGGCGCGCGCAGAAGACAUUGCUCACAUGGGGCGCCGAGGCGCUGGGCUCUAUCGAGAGGAUGUGCGCGAGUGGAACGUCCUCAAGGCUGAGGCCUGUCGCAUCACCUUGCAGUGCCUGCUGCUCGAUCUCUCUGAUCACCACUUUCACAUUGCGCGAGAGCUGCCGCGGCGCCGCUUCCUCGCCACCGGCACAGAUCAGGACGCAGAAGACAUCCGCGUUCGGCGCGUCGUCGACGAAGACGCAACCGGGUCUCGAGCCGCGUCCGAAGAUGCCGACGCGGGUGCGUUCCUGCGGCUGGCCAGCUUGGAGGAGGAGGGCGAGACGGCGGGAUUCCGCGCGGGCCUUCAGCUCUACGAGUUCGCCGAGGCCGAGCCGAAACGGCUGCGGCGGAAGCGGCUAUUGGAGCAAACGUACGCGCUGUAUCGCGACUUCAAGCUCAUCUUCCCCAAUGCGCUCCCCUGCAUCGAUCGAGCCCCCGAAGCGCGUGCCCAGGAGCGCGCGAAGGCCAGCAGCCCGGCGGCGGGGCCGGGACGCGAUGACCCGCUCGGCGCCGUCAAAAGCUUCCAGCUCCAUGUUCUCGGACACCACAUUUCUGCCGAGGACGGUCGAGACGUUUUCUUCCGAGGGAACUUUCGGGCGGUAGCGGGGCCGUCGGGAGAUUUGACGGGGCUCGAUUUGUCGCAGAAUCCGCGAUCGGUUAUUGUGCUGGAUCCGCCUGUGGCUCUGCACGCGCGCUACGCGAUCGAGUGUUGGGUGCUCCUGCCGCUCCCUCCGCCUUCGGCUUCUGCGUCGAGCGUGGGGAUUUACCGGUCUCUGUGCGCGGACAGCGACGGGGACGUGAUCUGCUGUUUGCGGCAAGGCCCGAGCCGCACCGCGCAGCGAAGGCGGGAGCGCGAAGCAGCCGAGGGGGACUAUAAAGACGCGGUGGCGGAGAAGAAGGAGGCUGCGGCGAAUCGCCAGCUCCACUUUGGGCUUUUCCUCUUUCCAGAGCGAGACGAGGAGGAGAGCGUUGCAAGCGACGUGGCUUCGAACUGCGGCUCGGACGCGGCAGACGCGCGAACGAGUCUCGCUGCGCGGGGGGCUCAAAAUGUCGAGACAGGCGACCUCCCAGGGGGCGACCUGGGGUUCUUCGAGGCGAAAGCGCACGCCUCGGAGAAGGCGAGAGUCGCCCGCGCAGACAAGCAGCUGCAGGCGGGCUGGCACCACCUCGUGGUGUCGCGGUGCGAGUCCGGCACGAGCUACUACUGGGACGGCGAGUGCGUGGGGUCCAUUUCGGCGCUCGCCCUCCCGUUCGCUGGCUUUCAUGACAUCGCGGCGAUCGGGAACACGCGGGACGGCGGGCACGUGUGCGGCGCCUUGUCCGACUUCGCCGUCUUCGCCACGCACCUGGACGACGAGGCAGCGAAGUUGCGGUACAGCUACCUGCAGAGACACCUCGUGGGGAAGGCCACAGCUGGACAGGGCUUGCCGCCGGCCCAGAAACGGGAAAGCGGCGCGGCGGACGCGGGGCGGUACGGUCUGGGCACCGCCGCCCCGGGGGCUCUGGCGUUCGACCUGCUGGUCGACGUGUACUUUAUUCCGGCGUCGUCCCGGAAGACUUGGGCGCUGUGUGCGGCGUCUCCAGAGCAGAUGAAGGCGAUCACGUACCGCCGGGAGAGCUCGCGAGAGCAGCCGCGCAAGGCAGGGGCUGCAGGCAGUUCUCUCAAGAGAUGCGAGGCGUCUGGGAAAGGCGGCGUCGCGCUGGUCUCGCCGGGGCCUUCCCGCGGCGCGACUGAGCGAGCGCAUGGAGGGUCGACGGCGAACGGGAGUUGCGUCGCUUUAGACCCAGCCGUAGAAGUCGACAGAGAGCUCGUUCCCGUCCGAGCGUGGACGGUCUUUGCGUGGAUCUACACACCGCUGCCGCAGACCGAAGCCGCGCACGUCCUCGUUGCUGGCGAAGCGGACUUCCACGUGUGCGUCCUGAAGGACCAGCGAAGCGUCGGCGUGAUGUACUGUGCGAAGCGGAACGCGCGGGGCGAGGGAACCGAGUCGUCGACCGAAGCGUCCGACGCCUCUGACGACGCGUCGGUAGACAGCGACGGGUGUCAGCGGGAAGAAUACCCCUCGGGAUUCGAUAUUCGAGAUCUCGCCAAAGGAUGGCACCACCUCUGCGUCGUCGCGAAUGAAGCGGGCCAAGCGUUCUACGCAGAUGGAACGCUGAGGGGGUACCUCCCCAAGUCCACGUGGGAGGACAUCCGCUUUCUCGGCAACGCGGCGACUGGAAAUAAGCCCUGGGGCACGUUCGCCCAGGUGUCCAUAUACGGCAAGUACUUUGGCGCCGCCGAGGUCGCCAGCGAAUACGCAAAGUACAGAGUCGACUUCCCCGAUCCCGUCGGGUCUCGCAGACUUGCCAGCAAAGGCCCUGGCGACGAGACACUGACAGCCGGGGAUUCGUCUCAGGGAGAGAACGAAGAGGACGGCGAGAAUCGCGUGGACAGCUUCUCGCAACCAGACGACGGUCGGGCUUACAAAGGCUACAUGUCUUUCCAAAUUUGCUCCGAUGGGGAGAGCGUGGUUCUUCUGCCUCAGGUGGCUGCACAGAAACACGAUAUUCGCGUGUUCCACAUCGACGAGUUCGCAGUGGGCGUCUCUGGGCAGCACGUCGCCUUCGACUGUGUACGGAGCCUCGCCUUAGAAAGGCAAAGACGCCAGGUGGAGUCCGGGGGCGGCAUUCGCAUCCACCCCGCCGUCAGUUGCAAGCGCGCGUGGACAAUCGUAGGCUGGAUUCAAACGCCAAUUGAAAACACAGGAAUGUUCCACGCUCUUGUUGGCGGAAAAGAUGGAGAUGCUCAUGUGGCCGUCGACCGGGAUGGUGAAACACUAGCCCGCACAUACGCUGAGCACCAAGAUCUCAUCAGAUCCGGAAAGUUCGAUCCCGUCAGUAGCGGAGCGCAAGACCACCCCGAAUGA